AUGCCAUGGUUAUGUGGUCCUCGCUUCGUAUCGCAGCAUCUUCGCCUCUAUAGCACCCAACGAUCACCCGCAUUACGCUUACGGCCGUACCAAGAGAAUGCUCUCCAAGCGUGCGCAGAAGCUCUUGAAUCUGGAAGCACGCGCAUUGGCGUGUCUCUGCCCACUGGGUCCGGCAAAACUACCGUGUUCAUCACCCUGUUAUCGCGCAUCAAACCACCUGUUGAAUACCCAGAUGCAACCAGAUCCCUGGUCAUCGUCAAUAACAUUGAACUGGCACGACAGUCAGCGAAGCAGGCUCAGCAAUUGUUCGCUGGCUGGAGCGUUGAGAUUGAGCAGGGACAAAAGCACAAGGCUUCGGGAAAGGCAGAUUUGACUGUGGCAACUUACCAGACGUUAAUGCAAGAGCAACGCUUAAAUAAGUUCGAUCCAAAUUGCCUGAAGGCGGUCAUAGUGGAUGAGGCGCACCAUGCUGCCGCCCCUUCAUAUCGCACUAUUCUGUCGCGCUUUCAUCCCGAAAUUGAACCUCCCGCCGGCCCUAGUCACACAGCGGACCUCCGUCGCCCUGUUCCCAUCUUCGGCUUUUCUGCGACGUUCAGCAGGCAUGACGGGCUGGCCCUAGGAUCUGUAUUCGAGCAAAUAGUCUAUCACCGGGAUUUUCUUGAGAUGAUCAAGGAGCAGUGGCUCUGUGAUGUUCGUUUUACCUCUGUCAGAGCCAACAUAGACCUCAGCAAUGUCACUCUGAACAGCUUGAACGGCGACUUCAGUGCUACCAGUCUUGCGCAUGUCAUCAACACCCCCACCGUGAAUCAGCUAGUUGUACAAAGCUGGCUGGACAAGGCUGCCAGCAGAAAGUCCACUUUGGUCUUCUGCGUAAGUUUGCACCACCUUCGCGAGCUUACGAACGCCUUCCGUACUGCUGGUGUUAAUGCAGCAUACAUACACUGCGGUACACCUGCCGCUGAGCGCAAGAGUCUAAUAAGCGCGUUCAAACGAGGGGACUUUCCUGUCCUUCUCAAUGUCGCUAUCCUCACCGAGGGAACUGAUAUACCCAACAUAGACUGCGUUAUCGUAGCGAGACCGACUAGGUCCCGUAAUCUAUUCGCACAGAUGAUUGGUCGCGGCAUGCGCUUGUCACCAGACACAGGCAAAAAAGAUUGCCACAUCAUAGACUUUGUCGACUCGGCAAAUCGUGUAGCAGGUGUUGUCUCCGUGCCAACGCUUUUCGGCUUGGAUCCUUCGGAGAUUAUAGACGGUGCAUCAAUCGAGACAUUGGAGGAGAGAGUCGACAAGAUAGCCAGCAUUGAUCUUGACGAUUUAGUGACGGAGCCUGACACUUAUGACGACGUUCCAGAACCCAAGUCAAUAACCUAUAUUGACUACGAUAAUCCGUUCUCCUUCGUCGAGCAAAGUUAUGGGACAACACAUAUACAGAAACUCAGUCAUUGUGCCUGGGUCGGCUGUGGCGGAGACGUGUACGUCCUUGAAUGCUUGGGCAAGGGGUACGUUCGUGUCGAGCUAGUUCAGGACGAAAACGGUAUGAACUGUUCCUCUUGCUUUGUAUGGCUAUUUACUGGCACGCUGGCAGAUCCGGAGACACAUUUUGAGGCGCAUUACACACCGCCGACUAUGACGCCACAAACCGCAGCAUUGCUUAAAAUUUCGCCGUUCCAGAAAAGCAGGAAAAUUCUCUCUGCAGGGACUCUGGAAGAUGCGAUUCGAGGGUGCGACAACUAUGCCAAGAACAAUAUCAUGAAGGGUCCCCUUGUGUCAGGGCUAUUCAGGACAGCUAGAUGGAGACGCGCCCCUGCGACCGAUUCGCAGAAGAGAUUCCUCGCCCAGCGGUGGUCGAAAUCUAGGAAAGAGGCGUCUGAGAUCGAUGGCAAGCAGCCUGAGAGGCUUGCCGCCCUGACAAAAGGAGAGGCUGCGAACAUCAUUACUCGGCUUAAGCAUGGUGCUCUGGUACGUACAAAAGAGACCUGUUGA